AUGCCUGUCUCGGCUAUUAAGACGGUCGCAAAGGCUCAGAAUGGUGUAGGAGCCUUUGUCCUCCCAUGCAAGUCCCUCACUUUCCACUACUGCAACUGGUGGGGUUCUUCCCGGGGCAUGAAUGCCUUCCUUAAAGCAUCUCUCCCCGCAUUCGCAAAGCGCAACCCUCAGAUUGAAAUCUCCGUCAGCCCACGGCCACGCAAACACCCCGUAAUCAUCGCAAACUACAUCAACGGCGCUCAACGGUCAAUAUGUGUGAAGAAUCUGCAGAAUGAGGGUGUAAGGGAAAAGGCCGAGAUGUUGAGGAACAGCACAGGAGAGAAGAACAGGAAGUUGGAUGGACGACCGGUGAAGAGUUUGAACGAGAGCGUUAGGGGUAUCUGGAGUCCAUUCCAUGGAAGCAAGAUUCAAAUAUGA